AUGACAAAGGCUUUAGUUCAGAGCUUACCGAAUACAUUUCAUAGGUAUUGUAGUUGGCACAUACUUGAGAAGUUCUCUACGUAUUUAAAUGCGAUCACCUAUAGAGAUUUUUAUAAGGACUUCCAACAAUGCAUUUGGGAAUCAGAAUGCCCUGAAGAGUUUGAAAGAAAAUGGGUGACUACCAUCGAGAAGGCAAGCCUAGAUAACAAUGAUUGGUUAAAAUCAAUAUUUGAGCUACGUUCAAGAUGGGUGCCUGCAUAUGUUAACCAUGUAUUCUCAGCUGGAAUGUCAAGUAGCCAACGUGCGGAAAGCUCCCAUGCAUUUUUCAAGAAAUAUGUUUCGAAGAGAAACUUAUUGAUGGAUUUCAUACUUCGAUUUAAUAGGGCGCUUGCACAGCAACGUCACGAAGAAUUAGGGGCUGAUCACUUUCAAGAUGAGUUGUGGAAUAGCUUAGUAAUAAUGCCACAAUUUGUUCGUGAAAAUGCUACACACAAAAUGUAUGUGGUCGAGAGUAGUCCAAAAGAAUGUGUUCGUAGAGUGCGGGAAAUUGCUUAUGAUAAAGAAUUGGACUUUGCAUCUUGUACAUGUAAGAAGUUUGAGAGUGAAGGACUUCCCUGUAGACAUAUCUUGGCAUUCUUGAGACUGUUUGGUAACAUUCCUUUGCCAAAUCAAUAUAUAAUGAAAAGGUGGACUAGAGGUGCAAAAUGUCAAAUAAUAACCGAUAAGCAAGGUGUUGAGAUAGGUGGACAGCGUAGUUCAAUGUUGACCUGGCGAGCUAAACUAUUCCAACUUGCUUCGGAAGUCAUUGAUAAAGCCAUAAUAUAUGAAGAGGCAAGUGUAAUUGUGAAUGAUGGUCUUCAAAGUUUGCUAGGCAAGAUUGAAUCCAUAGUUAGCAACACGAAAAGUGGAGGCAUUUCUGAAAAAGGUAGCACUGCUCAUGACUAUGAGGCUUUGAAAGACCCAUCUGCUGUGAGGGCAAAGGGAUGCAGACAAAGAUUAAAAAGGGGAAAGGAGAAGGUAACAAAUGCCGCAAAGUAUAGAGGUCGACGUUGCAAUGGAUGUGGAAAAAUUGGGCAAUCGCACGACAAAAGAAACUGUCCACUCCUCAACAAUCCGUCCUCACAAAAUGAGGAAAGUCCUCAGCACGCCUCGGAAUAUGAUUCUAAAGCUGAUAGUUUUUCUUCCACAGGUCUGCAUGAGAAAAUGAAAGGAUGA